UGUAAUGUCUGGAACAUGGAGUGUCUUCGGUGCCAAGCUGAGGAUUUUGAACUUCCUGCCUGUCAUUGUGGGAGCAGUCACUGGCCAGCUCUCUCCUGGCGGCUGGGGCUGAUUCCCACUGGAAAUCCAUUAUAUGAAUCUUAUUAUAAGCAGGUAGACCCAGCAUACACAGGGCGAGUUGGGGCGAGUGAAGCUGCACUUUUUCUAAAGAAGUCUGGGCUCUCAGACAUUAUCCUUGGGAAGAUAUGGGACUUGGCCGACCCAGAAGGUAAAGGGUUCUUGGACAAACAGGGUUUCUAUGUUGCACUGAGACUAGUGGCCUGUGCACAGAGCGGCCACGAAGUUACCUUGAGCAAUCUGAAUUUGAACAUGCCGCCGCCUAAGUUUCACGACACCAGCAGCCCUUUGAUGGUCACGCCGCCUUCUGCAGAGGCCCAUUGGGCUGUGAGGGUAGAAGAAAAGGCAAAAUUUGAUGGAAUUUUUGAAAGCCUCUUACCCAUCAGUGGUUUGCUUUCUGGAGACAAAGUCAAGCCAGUCCUCAUGAACUCAAAGCUGCCUCUUGAUGUCCUGGGUAGGGUCUGGGACCUCAGUGACAUCGACAAGGACGGGCACCUGGACAGAGAUGAGUUUGCUGUGGCCAUGCACUUGGUGUACCGAGCCCUUGAGAAGGAGCCUGUGCCCUCCGCCCUGCCCCCAUCCCUCAUCCCACCAUCCAAGAGGAAGAAGACGGUGUUCCCGGGAGCUGUGCCUGUCCUGCCUGCCAGCCCCCCACCGAAAGACAGCCUCCGCUCCACGCCUUCCCACGGCAGCGUCAGCAGCCUGAACAGCACUGGAAGCCUGUCUCCCAAGCACAGUAUCAAGCAAACACAGCCAACAGUAAACUGGGUGGUGCCAGUGGCGGACAAGAUGCGAUUUGACGAGAUAUUUCUGAAGACUGACCUAGACCUGGACGGCUAUGUGAGCGGCCAGGAGGUGAAGGAGAUCUUCAUGCACUCGGGCCUCACCCAGAACCUUCUAGCACACAUAUGGGCCCUGGCCGAUACGAGGCAAACGGGGAAGUUAAGCAAAGACCAAUUCGCGUUAGCUAUGUAUUUCAUUCAGCAGAAGGUCAGUAAAGGCAUCGACCCCCCUCAAGUCCUCUCGCCGGACAUGGUCCCACCUUCAGAGAGAGUCACUCCCAUCCCGGACAGUUCAAGUUCUCUUGGAUCGGGGGAGUUUACUGGUGUGAAGGAACUUGAUGAUAUCAGUCAAGAGAUCGCCCAGUUACAAAGAGAGAAAUACUCCCUGGAACAAGACAUUAGGGAAAAGGAAGAGGCAAUCAGACAGAAAACCAAUGAAGUACAGGAAUUGCAAAAUGAUUUAGACCGGGAAACAAGCAGUUUGCAAGAGCUGGAAGCUCAGAAACAGGACGCCCAAGACCGCCUGGACGAAAUGGAUCAGCAAAAGGCCAAGCUCCGAGACAUGCUGAGUGACGUCAGGCAGAAGUGCCAGGAUGAGACCCAGAUGAUUUCCUCACUGAAGACUCAGAUCCAGUCCCAGGAAUCCGACCUCAAGUCCCAGGAAGACGACCUGAACCGGGCCAAAUCUGAGCUGAACCGACUGCAGCAGGAGGAGACGCAGCUGGAGCAGAGCAUUCAGGCUGGGAAAGUUCAACUGGAAACCAUCAUCAAGUCCCUGAAAUCCACGCAAGACGAAAUCAACCAGGCAAGAAGCAAGCUUUCCCAGCUGCACGAAAGCCACCAGGAAGCCCAGAGGAGUCUGGAGCAGUAUGACGAGGUGCUCGACGGGGCCCACGGCGCCAGUUUGACCAACUUAGCUGAGCUGAGCGAGGGCGUCUCCCUGACAGAGAGGGGCGGUUUUGGAGCCAUGGACGAUCCUUUCAAAAAUAAAGCCUUGUUAUUUAGCAACAACGCCCAAGAAUUGCAUCCGGAUCCUUUUCAGGCAGAAGACCCCUUCAAAUCUGACCCAUUUAAAGGAGCCGAUCCCUUCAAAGGUGACCCGUUCCAGAGCGACCCCUUUGCCGAACAACAGACGGCUUCAACAGAUCCAUUCGGAGGGGAUCCUUUCAAAGAAAAUGACCCAUUCCAUGGCUCUGCCCCCGACGACUUCUUUAAGAAACAGACAAAGAACGACCCAUUUACCUCAGACCCAUUCACGAAAAACCCUUCCUUACCUUCAAAGCUCGACCCCUUUGAAUCCAGUGAUCCUUUUUCAUCCUCCAGUGUCUCCUCAAAAGGAUCAGGUCCCUUUGGAACCUUAGACCCCUUCGGAAGUGGGUCCUUCAAUAGUGCUGAGGGCUUUGCCGACUUCAGCCAGAUGUCCAAGCCCCCAACUUCUGGCCCUUUCACCUCCUCCUUUGGAGGGGCAGGAUGCUCAGAUGACCCCUUUAAAAGUAAACAGGACACUCCCGCUCUGCCUCCGAAGAAACCUGCUCCUCCGCGGCCUAAACCGCCCAGCGUGCGAAGACCUCACAUCCAGUGGGCUCCUCGGCCUUGACUACCCUGGGCAGCUCACAGAGAAUGAAAAACGCAUCAGUUCAGGGGGCACCCGGUGGAUGAUAGUAAAUAUUUGUUCAGCCUUUCUCAACAGUUCAGAACCAAACCUCAUCCUGUUCCCUUCAAUGCAUUAAGCAGAUUUUUCUUAAAAUUCGGUAAAUAUUUUUAGUGGAAAAUCUCAAGAUUGUGAUGGUGGGGACCUCAGAUUUUAUCUGCCGGCACUGUGCUGCUUGGCAUGGCUUUGAUCUGCCGGGCUUGCCUUCUCCUCGCGUGUGCAUCAGCCACAGCGAGCGGGGCUGGUGUCUGCAGGACUCCUCGCUGGCAAGCCACUUGGGUGGCCCUGUGGGUCACGUCCUGAGAAAUUAGCUCUCCUCGCUCUCCCGCCCCAUCCCGCCACAGGGGGACGUGUGUUUUUCACGUGUGUUGGUGAAAAGCGAUCUUCUUCAGUAAAAUGUUCCCAAGUGAUUAUGGAUGUGAAAGGUUGUGCUCCGGACAGCCUGCUUUCUCUCUCCCCCCAGUUAAGCUUUGUUGGUGGGUUUAAGGGGGCAGGAAGGGAGGCACCAAGGUGACAAGGAGUGCCUCCUCCCAGCCACAGCUCUCCUGUGUAGUACGACUCUCGGAAGCCUGGCAGUUGUGUAGGCGUCCCCUAUAGUGUAGGACGGGUGACAGUUGUGUAGGCGUCCCCUGUAGUGUAGGAUGAGUGACUGUUGUGUAGGCGUCCCCCGUAGUGUAGGACGAGUGACAGUUGUGUGGACGUCCCGCGUUGCAACGAAUGGCAGUUUGGGAACGUCCUGUGUUGUGUAGGGUAGUAGCUCAGGUGGGGCAGCUGUCCUGACCACAAACCUUUGUUUUUUAUUUUUGUGUUUUGUUGUUUUUGUAUUUAAGUCUCAUCUACAGAACUGCAUUUCCCAACUGCAGCCCUCAAUCUUAUAAAUAGAACGCAGCAAGUAUCUGGUUGGGAUGAAAACAUACACUCAGACUCAUGUCUAUUUUUGAUAUUUUCAUUCAUCCGAUUUAUUGAGACCCCCCACCCCCAAAUCACCCAACCCUCUUACUUUUCUUCUAAGUAAAGAAUUUCAAGCAAGAGAACCUGGCUUCUUUCAGUGUUCACAUUUGUAUGUUGAGGGGGGUUUGUGUUCUAUCAUUCUCUCCGCUCACCGCCGCUGCAGGGACCCUCCCGGCAGAGAGCUUCCCGAGAGGCGAGGAGGGAGGGUCGGCACGGGCUUCACCACUGCUGGGUUGCCGGGGGCCUGUGUGGCCUCGGAAAGUUCAGAAGUAGGGGAAUAAAAGACAUUGCUACCAGGGUGGGGCCGGCCACCGAAGUUUUUUUUAACAGCACACACCGUGGUAAACCAUCGGGUUCAUACUGUUUUUGCUCAAGGCUGUCCUGUGUGUGGUUUCGGUGCACCGCUGGGGUAGCUGCUGAAACUGCUGCGGUUUGAAAUAAGUCCUAUUCUGUCCUAUCCUCAACCUUGCGUUCCUCCCUCUGGUCAUGAAGACUCCUCUGAGUGAUGGAGAGUCUCUCUGGGGGGCGCGGCAGCAGCUUCCAGCCAGCCCCCAGGGCUGGAAGUCACAGGCUCCAGCCUCUGCAGUCACAGCCUCCCCUACGCUCAGGGCUCCCUUCCCUGGGCAGGUGUCUAGGAAUGACAGGCCAGGUAUCAUCCUGGUUAGCUUUAUACCAAAAUUAAAAAAAAAAAAAAA